AACACCAAAACCUUUGACUUGUUAAAAUAAACCAUUGCCUAUAUAUAUAAUCAAGCCAUCUAUUUAUCUAACCCUCGAGACGGAACUAUUGGUCUAUAUUAUUAUUUAAACUUCACCGCAAUAAUAAAGUUCAUCAAUUUCUCUUGUGCGAUUCGAAGAUGAAACGUUUAUGGCCUACACGCCUCAUCCUCCUGAUGGUUCUCACCGUCAUCAUCACCAUGAUUGCCGCAGCGUAUGGUUAUUCCUCUGUCUCAUCAUCAAAACAUAAGUUCCCUCAUUACAAGUACAAAGCUCCAUCUCCUCCAACCACUUAUUCUCCUUACCGUUAUUUCUCGCCGCCUCCGGUUACAGAUUCAGAUUCUGCAGUUUAUGAUCGAUGAACACAGUGCAGUACGUCAAUUGAUCUGAGUUCUAUUUUUACAACUAUUCUUUUUUAUAUUUUGUUUCCUUUUGAUUUUUGAUGUAACAUAAUCUAAAUUAAUGGCCUGUUUUCCAAGUAACCGUGAGAAAAGUAUGCAGAUUUCGAUUGUUCACGUUAUGUAAGAUGAAAUAAUUAACAGAAUUGUUGCAGUA